AUGUCUGCUGGGGUCUCCCUCUGGGGCGUGCUGGGACUGCUACUCGUGUUUGAGCUGCCCGCGCUCCUUGGAGACCGCCCCAGGCCCGACGCCCGGGCACAGCCAGGUAUACCAGGGAAGGUCGGCCCUGGGGCCGUGGAACCCCGGCUUCGACCGCCACCGAAGGACCGGCGCGAGCGAGCCCGAGCUGGAGCACUGCCUUUGGGCGCUCUGUACACUGCGGCCGUCGUGGCUUUUGUGUUGUACAAGUGUUUGCAGGGAAAAGAUGAGGCUGCAGCUCUCCAAAAGGAGGCAAGCACGGAAUCAUCGCGGUCAGAGCAACAGCUCAUGCAGUUGACAGAACAGCUGGCUCAGACAGAGCAGCACCUCAACAGCCUAGUGGCCCAGCUAGACCCCCUUUUUGAGUGCGUGACUACUCUGGCUGGAGCACAGCAGAAGCUUCUGAACACGAAGCUACAGACCAUUCACCAGCUGCUACAAGAGCACAAGCCGGACAAGGGCAUGGAGGUUCCAGAACCAGAGGUCAGCCUGCCCUUUUCUGAGGACUUAAGUACUGAGGCAGCUGGUGACAGUCAGGCCUGGGAGGAGCCCAUACACUGGAACCCAGAGACAUGGAGCCUACCUACGCCCUGGCAAGUGGAGCCGGGGCUAAGGAGAAGAAGCACCAUGGCUGUGGGCUCUCAUCACAGCCCCAGCUGGGAAGGAAGGCGGAGCAGCAGCUGA